GGUGUCUGUAACAGAUAACCUGGCUGUACCACUAUAAAUAGGGUCAAUAAGACUAGGGUUUAUUGAUCAGCCAGUGGAAGCUCAAGAGAUCUGUUGCCGUCGCCGCUGGUGUUUUUCUCUCGUCUCACUGCUACCAUGUCCGGAAGAAAAAAGACUAGGGAGCCCAAGGAGGAGAAUGUGACGCUCGGGCCAACGGUGCGGGAAGGAGAGCAAGUGUUCGGUGUUGCCCACAUCUUUGCUUCUUUCAAUGAUACUUUCAUUCAUGUUACAGAUUUAUCUGGGAGGGAAACACUUGUUCGUAUUACAGGUGGAAUGAAAGUCAAGGCUGACCGGGAUGAAUCAUCUCCCUAUGCAGCUAUGCUUGCAGCACAAGAUGUUUCACAAAGAUGCAAAGAACUCGGUAUUACUGCUUUGCAUAUUAAACUAAGAGCCACUGGUGGGAACAAAACAAAAACACCUGGCCCUGGUGCUCAAUCUGCUUUAAGGGCACUUGCUCGGGCUGGCAUGAAAAUUGGACGUAUUGAAGAUGUAACUCCCAUACCCACGGAUAGCACUCGCAGAAAGGGCGGAAGAAGGGGAAGAAGGCUGUAAUUCAUCGAGUUGUCUCCAAUCCUUUUUCUCAUUGAUCAAAAUGUUUAUUUUAGUCAGGAAAAUGUUAAAAUGUUUAUUUGAACAGUCAUGUGGCUUUUGACUUGUCAAGGAUAUUGUUUGAUAUUAUUAUUUCCUCAUGUAUUAAAUCAUGAAUCGUUAUAGCUUUGUAUUUGUUAAGAGUGUGAAUGUUGUUUAAUAUGACAAGUUUGAAUUAUAGCCGUUAUGAUUUAUAGUUUGAAUUA